GCGGGCGCCGGCUCUCCGGAAAAACCAACCUCGGCUGCCCCGGCCUCCCCCAGGAUGCCGGAGGAGCUGCUGAGGGAGCUGCAGCUCCUGCUCAGAGGCAUGGCAAAGCUGUGCAGGACAGCUGGGGAAGGGCCUAAGGAGGAGGAAAGCAGCAAAGGCAACCUCCGGGGCGGAGUCCAGCACCGUGUGGAAGCAGCCUUCCAUUGCCAAACGCGUGAAGACAUCACUGUGAAGCAGAGGAUGUGGCAGGAGCUGGGGUUGUUCUACAUUCCAGAGAGGGAGGGGAUGUUCCACCGUGGCCCGGGGCUGAACCUGACCAGUGGGCAGUACAAGGCCCCGAUUGCAGGGUACUACGCCUUCACCAGCACGCUCCACAUUGCACACAGGGAGCCGCAGAGGAAGGGCCAGGGAUGCCGAGGGAGCCGCCUGCGGGUGCUGAUCUGUGUGCAGUCCCGCUGCCAGCACAACAGCAAUCUGGAGACCGUAUCUCAGCUGGCGAACAGUGGGGACCUUUUCACCAUCUCUGUCACGGGCACCCUUUACCUGCAGGCUGGGCAGUAUGCCUCUGUUUUCGUGGACAACUCGGCAGGCUUUCCCCUCACAGUUCAAAGUGGCUCCGAUUUCAGUGCUGUUCUGCUGGGAGUGUGAAGAGGCACCACGCUGAACCUCUGCCAGCCACCAUCGUGUCUCCCCUGCUCAGCACCAAGCCUAAGGAAGAACAUUUGCUCAUGCAGGCAGCUGCAGUCUGGUCUGAUAUUGCUUGUGCUGCAGAACCAGCCAAAGAUGGACAAAAGAUCAUGAAGAAGAAGAUGAUGAUGAUGAUAAUAAUAAAGCAGCCUGACUAGGACAUGAA